UUGGCUCAGAAGCAUCUGCGCACUGCGAAAGGGACGAAGGCGCUAGCAAUGGUCGCUGCGAGGAACCUGUUCUCCUGGCUGUGCCGCGCCUCAAGUUCUGACUUGCCGCACUUGGAACCCGUGGACGGCCCAACGCCGGAGGUCCCCCUCGAAAGCCCCACCACAUCGCCAAAGGAGGGCAAGGCCAAGCGGCGGAGCAAGUCCAAGCGCCAGCGCAGCGAGCACAGGCAUGUUUCCUGCCGUGGGCCUUCUGAGAUGAGCGCGCGGAACCAGGCGCAGACCCUGGUGGCCAUGAGCGGCUUCCCAAUGCCCUUCCUGCCCUGAUAUCGGUUUCCAUCGGUCCUUGCACGUUUUUUUUUUUUUGGGGGGGG